AUGAUAUCAGCCAAAGAUCUCUUCUCCUCCAACACCACCACUCCGCGCCCUGCCAACCCAGGCCCUACCGGUUUUGACGAGAAAGCAAGUACUUUUUCCAAUGAGGACACUUCUAGUUCUCAGGGUCGAAUCGAUGCGGACAAAGCCAACAUCGAUGCAAUCCGAUCCCAGCUCUCAGAAGAGCAAUCUCGCGGUGUGCUUCGUCUGCGUGUGGUUGUGAUUUCUGCGUUGGUUGUUGCUUGUGUGACCCUUGCAGUAGUAAUCUUCCAAAUCUCUAAUCAAGCCGAAGCUGAGACAUUUGAGAGUCAAUAUGAUGCGGUUUCUUCCAAGGUUAUUUACAGUUUUGAGAACGUCAUGGAGCGAAUGGAUUCUGUGGCAGGGCUUGGAUUGUUGUUUGCCUCCUCAGGACAAGACUGGCCCUUUGUCAACCUCAAGAACUUCCAUCAAAAGGCAACCCACGCACGAGAGCUAGCAGGAGUGCUAUCGCUUGGGAUGUAUCCCGUUGUGGCUGGCGAGCAGUUUGAUGCUUGGAAUGAGUUUGUUUCGCAACCAGAAAACGACCGAUGGAUCGUCGAUGCCAUCGUCGCAAAAGAAAAAGAAGACUCGAAUGGAGAUGAACACGGAGAUGAACACGGAGAUGAACAUCAAGAUGAACACCACGACGAACAUGGGGAAGACCACGAUGACGAACAUGGUGAAGACCACAAUGACGAACAUGGAGAACCCGAGCAUGACGCAGCGGAACAUCAUGAUGAUAACAGGGAGCUGGGGCAAGAUGAUCACCAUGAUGAUCAUGACGAUGAACACAAUGGGCUCCAGGGUGAAGCACAUGAACAAGAAGGAGUCGGCCACGUUGACCACAUCGACCACGAUGAACUCUCUCGUCAAACAGAUGUGAGACCAAUGCACUACUUUGUGACCAACAGCUCCUCUCUGCAUGAUGGCCAAUGGGUUCCGGAACAGGCUGGUGAGGCCAUGUACUUGCCACGUUGGCAGACAUCUCCAUACGUGAGGGAAGGCCUUGUCAAUGUGAACCUAUUAAAAGACUAUGUGCACGAGUCCCAUGCAAUUGCCGAAACCGUCUUGGAAAGUGGCAGGGUCGUGGUUGGUGGAUUCCUCGACGCACCACCAGGUGAUGUGGAGAGUCCUCAUCCCCUUACAAAACUACUCGCAAGGUAUGACAAUAUCAAGCAUGGAGGGGGGGAUGGCCACGACCCCCAUGGGCAUCAUGGGGAAGGACCAGCUUAUAGGGGUGAUCCUAUGUCCAAUGUCAUGCUUCCUAUUUUCGACCAAGUUAAUGAAAACAACCCAGAGGAUCGGAAGGUUGUGGGUGUUCUCAAGGCACUGGUGCAUUGGAUUGAUUAUUUCGAGUCCAUUUUGCCAGAUAGUGUGCCACCGUUGUUUGCGGUCCUAGAGUAUGAAUGUGGAGAGCACGGCUUCCACGCGGCUGGGGAAGACCAUGAUGAACAUAGGACUCUAGAAGAUGAGGAUGAACAUGGACAUCAUGGGGAUGAACAUGGACAUCAUGAGGAUGAACAUGUACACCACUCUCAAGCCGAGAACAACGUGGCACCGCAAGCGCAUACACUCGGUGUUCAGUUCACCUACAUGAUCCAAGGAAGUGCAGUUCAGGCAAUUGGGUCUGGAGAUCACCAUGAUCCAGCUUUCAAUGCUUGGAAGGCAGAAGGCAGAUUCAGAGGAGGCAGCCUUGCUGACGGGACAACUGAGGGGAUCCAGAUAGAUACGAGGUGCCUUUAUCGACUGCAUGUUUAUCCAUCACAAGAGUUUUACAAUGAGCACAACACCGGUGCCCCCUUGAAAGUUACACUGGCCAUUGUGGUCAUCUUGUUUGUGUUUGCCAUCUUGAUGUUUCUCGUUUAUGACAGAAUGGUAGAGCAAAGGCAGCGAGCAAUUCUCACUAAAGCCACUCAAUCAACGGCAAUUGUGGCCUCUCUUUUUCCUGAGAAUGUCCGAGACCGACUAAUGGAAGAGGAACAAGAGGACAAACGUUACUCGGGAAAGAUGAAGCACCACUUCAACACCCUUGAUGGUCACCACGGUGAAGGUGGCAAAGCCAUUGCUGAUCUUUUCCCAAACUGCACUGUAUUCUUUGGGGACAUUGUUGGUUUUACGGCUUGGAGUAGUACAAGGGAGCCAAGCCAAGUUUUCCAACUACUUCAGUCGGUAUACCAAGAGUUUGAUAUCCUUGCAAAACGAAGGGGGGUUUUCAAAGUUGAGACCAUUGGUGAUAGCUAUGUUGCAGUAACAGGCCUCCCCACACCGCAAGCCAAGCACGCUUUGAUAAUGGUGGAUUUUGCAUUAGCUUGCUUGCACAAGAUGCGAGAGGUCGCCAGAAGGCUAGAAAGUGCCUUGGGACCAGACACUGCACAACUUGAAAUGCGGUUUGGUUUGAACUCGGGGCCAGUGACUGCAGGUGUGCUGAGGGGGGACAGGGCACGCUUCCAACUUUUUGGUGACACAGUAAACACAGCCUCUCGAAUGGAGUCCACAAGUAUCAAGAGCAUGAUUCAAGUUUCAGAGUCAACUGCUAGUGCUCUUCGGAAAGCUGGCAAAGAAGCAUGGCUGAAACCACGUGAGGAUUCAGUGAAGGCAAAAGGGAAAGGAGUCCUGAGGACAUACUGGAUCAUGCCAGACGAAGAUGGAAUCACUGAGACAUCGCAGUCAGCUGUCAUCACUGAAGAUCACAGCCCAAGUGAAAUGAAAGGCCAUAGUCACAACAGCGGCUUGAAACAUGCCACAGAGAAACGCCUUGUUGAUUGGGUGGUGCAUACUUUGCUAGUGGAUAUCAGAAAAAUUGUUCAGGCCCGUGGUGCUUCCAAAAACAAGCAGCCAGGAGUUGCCCCUUCAUACUUUCCACCACAAGGGCAGACCUGUAUGAAAGAAGUCGAGGAGAUAAUCAAUAUGCCCAAGUUUGAUGCUGAGAUGGCUCUCCAGGAAGAAGAAAAGCCAGAGGUUGAGAUUGAUGAUGUUGUUGUUCAAGAGCUUACAGAGUAUGUUGCUGGAAUUGCCCUGAUGUACAGGGAAAACAGCUUCCACAGUUUCCAGCACGCCUGCCAUGUUGCAAUGAGUGUCCAAAAGCUCUUGAAACGAAUUGUUCAAGCAGAAAUGAGUUCUGCUGGCAGUGCUCUCGAUCAAUCUAGCAACAGGAGCUCAACCAUGCAACAGCUCCAUGAAUUCACUCAUGGUAUCAGCUCUGACCCCCUAGCAAUUUUUGCCAUGUCAUUUUCAGCCUUGAUCCAUGAUGUUGACCACCAAGGAGUCUCCAACAUUCAGCUGUCAAAGGAGUUUCCCGAUAUGGCAUCCAAGUAUGAGAACAAGAGUAUUGCUGAACAGAACUCGCUGGAUCUUGCCUGGGACCUGUUGAUGGGAGAUCGCUUUUCCAGCCUCCGCGCCUGCCUUUUUGAAUCCAAUGAGGAGCUUCUGCGAUUUCGUCAGCUGAUUGUGAACAUUGUGCUAGCCACUGACAUCUUUGAUAAGGAAUUGAACGACUUGCGCAAACGACGAUGGACCCAGGCCUUCGCUGGAGAGACUAUUGGUGAAGCAGAAGAACCUGGUGACACCCUUAGUUUUGACCGUGACAGGAAGGCCACCAUAGUUCUUGAGCACAUUAUCCAAGCUUCCGAUGUGUCUCACACAAUGCAGCACUGGCAUGUGUACCAGAAAUGGAACAAGCGCCUGUUCUCGGAGAUGACAGCAGCCUUCCAUGCUGGGCGUUUUGCCAAGAAUCCUGCUGAUUUCUGGUAUCAAGGCGAGAUUGGCUUCUUUGACAACUACAUCAUUCCUCUUGCAAAGAAGCUGGAAGACUGUGGCGUCUUCGGUGUCAGCAGCGAUGAGUACCUGAACUAUGCUCUCCAGAAUCGUGAGGAAUGGAAAGAGCGUGGCCAAGACAUCGUUGCUGAGUGGGUUGCAGAACUGGCCAAUGGCGAUGCUAUGGAGCAGGAAGAGCUUGAAGAAACCAAGAUAGUGCCAGCAGCCGCCCCCGCAUCAAUCGAAUGUUAG